CGUCCGGCCGCCGGGAUGGGGCCGCCGCUCCUGCUGCUGCUGCUGCUGCUGCCGCCGCUGCGGCCGCCGGCGACCCGGGCCGCGGGCCCCCUGCGCGUCUUCGUGGUGCCGCACAGCCACAUGGACGUGGGCUGGGUCUACACGGUCGAGGAGAGCCUGCGGGCGUACGCGGCCAAUGUGUACAGCACCGUGGUGGAGGAGCUGGCGCGCGGGCAGCAGCGCAAGUUCAUUGCCGUGGAGCAGGAGUUCUUCCGGCUGUGGUGGGACAGCAUCGCCUCGGACCGGCAGAAGCGCCAGGUCCACCAGCUCCUGCAGGAAGGGCGCCUGGAGUUCGUCCUCGGGGGCCAGGUGAUGCACGACGAGGCUGUGACGCACUUCGACGACCAGAUCCUGCAGCUCACAGAAGGACACGGGUUUCUAUACGAGACGUUCGGCAUCCGGCCCAGGUUCUCCUGGCACGUCGACCCGUUCGGCGCCUCUGCCACGACCCCCACCCUGUUUGCCCUGGCCGGCUUCAACGCGCACCUCGUCUCCCGGAUAGACUACGACCUGAAGGCCGCCAUGCAGGAGGCCCAGGCGCUGCAAUUCGUGUGGCGAGGGUCCCGGUCACUGCUGGAGCAGGAGAUCUUCACGCAUGUCAUGGACCAGUACAGCUACUGCACCCCCUCCCACAUCCCCUUCUCCAACAGGUCAGGGUUUUACUGGAAUGGCGUGGCCGUCUUCCCAGAGCCGCCCCGGGAUGGGGUGUACCCCAACAUGAGCGAGCCUGUCACCCCCGCCAACGUCCAGCUCUACGCCGAGACCCUGGUGGCCAACGUGAAGCAGCGAGCUGCCUGGUUCCGCACCCCGCACGUCCUCUGGCCCUGGGGGUGUGACAAGCAGUUCUUCAACGCCUCGGUGCAGUUUGCCAACAUGGAUCCCCUGCUGGGCCACAUCAACAGCCGGGCAGCCGAGCUGGGGGUCACGGUGCAGUACGCCACGCUGGCCGACUACUUCCGGGCCCUGCACGCCCUCAACGUCACUUGGCGUGUCCGGGACCACCACGACUUCCUGCCCUAUUCCUCAGAAGCGUUCCAGGCCUGGACGGGCUUCUACACGUCCCGCAGUGGCCUCAAGGGGCUGGCGCGGCGAGCCAGUGCCCUGCUACACGCCGGGGAGUCCAUGUUCACGCGCUACAUGUGGCCGGCGCCCACGGGGACUCUGGACCCGGCCUGGGCCCUGCAGCAGCUCCGGCAGCUCCGCUGGGCGGUCUCAGAGGUGCAGCACCACGACGCCAUCACCGGCACCGAGUCCCCGAAGGUGAGAGACAUGUACGUGGAGCACCUGGCUGCCGGGAUGCUGAGUGUGCGCAAGCUCAUGGCCUCCAUCGUCCUGGACAGACUCCGGCCCACGGCGGGAGAGCCCUGGGCAGCCCCUGUGGCCGGCGCGGGACCUGCAGGACUCACUGCCACCGUGUACAACCCGCUGGCCUGGACGGUGACCACGAUCGUCUCCCUGACCAUUGGCUUCCCCAGAGUCAGCGUCACGGACGAGUCGGGCCGCCCGGUGCCUGCACAGGUGCAGAGCUCAAUCAAGGCUCCGGACGCGUAUGACCUGCUGCUCCUGACCACCAUCCCAGGCCUCGGCUACCGGCACUACAGCAUCAGGCCGGCCACAGAGGCCCAGGAGGGCGCCGCAGAGCAGGCUGCCGUGCGCUGGCUCGGCCGCCGGCUGAGGGGACGGGGUGGCCGCGGGCGCCUGCUGCCCGUGGGGAAUGACUGCUACACUGUGCUGCUGGACCUGGACACCGGCCUGAUGAACAGCGUCCGCGAGAGCCACGGGAACCGGACUGUGCGCCUGGCGCAGGAGUUCCUGGAGUACCACGUCAACGGGGACGUGCGGAAGGGCCCCGUCUCCGACAACUACAUGUUCGCGCCCAGCGCCGCCGCCGUGCCCGCCUGGGAGGCUGUGGAGCUGGCCGUGGUGGCGGGAAACCUCAGCACUGAGAUCCGACAGUACUUCUACAGGAACGCGACGGCCCGGGAGCACGCGUUCGCGAUCCACUCGCGGCUCGCCCACGUGCCUGCGGGCGGGGCCGGGGAGCUGCUGUGCCGGCGGGUGGAGCAGGAGUACCGCGUGGGGCCCUUGGAGCUGAACCGCGAGGCGGUGCUGCGCACCAGCACCGAUCUGAGCAGCCGGCGGGUCCUCUACGCGGACAACAACGGCUACCAGAUGCAGCGGAGGCCCCACCGCGCCCACGUGCGCAACGCCAUCGCCAGGAAUUACUACCCCAUGGUGCAGUCGGCCUUCAUCCAGGACAGCGGGAGCAGGCUCGUGCUGCUGUCCGAGCGGGCGCACGGCGUGGCCAGCCCGGGGAACGGGCAGGUGGAGGUCAUGCUCCAUCGGCGGCUGUGGAACAACCUGGACUGGGACCUGGGCUACAACCUCACGCUCAACGACACCUCCGUUGUGCACCCGGUGCUGUGGCUUCUGCUGGGGCCCUGGGCCGUCACUGCCCGCCUGCGCGAGAGGAGCGGCCUGGAGCUGCAGCACAGGCCCGUGGUGCUGCUGGGGGAGCUGGCCGGUGUGGGCGCCCCCUCGCAGGGGACUGCACCGAAGACGCCUGGAGCCUGGCAGCAGGAGGCCGUGAUGCUGCCCCCGAACCUCCACCUGCAGACCCUGAGCAUCCCCGGCUGGAGCUACAGCUCCAACCACAGCGCGCACCUGCGCAGUCUGGGCAAAGGGGAGCCCCGGGCGGACCUCCGCCGCGUCCUGCUGCGGCUCUACCACCCGUACGAGGUCGGGGAGGACCCGGUCCUGUCCCAGCCUGCGACUGUGAACCUGGAGGCUGUGCUGCGGGGUCUGGGGCCCGUGGAGGCCGUGGAGGAGCGCUCCCUCACAGGGACCUGGGACACGCAUGCGCUGAGCCGCUGGAGCUGGAACACGGAGCCUGGCCGCCGCCAAGGCCACCCCGCCUCUCCCCCGAGGCCGCCGGCAGGACCUCUGAUCACCGUCCACCCCAAGGAAAUCCGGACGUUCUUCGUUCACUUCCGACAGCAGUGAGCCCCGGCAGGUGCCGCGGGCCUGGGGCUGCGCCUGGGAGCUCCAGGAAGUGGGACAGCCCAGGCAGGGACAGGCUGGGGGGCGGGGGGGGGGCGGUGGCCAGAACUGUUUGCGUUUGGAGUUUUCUAUUUUGUAAUAAAUACGAAACCUGACAGGAUCGGGUUCUCCCUCCCACAGGGAGCCGCCUGCCGCUCCCCUCUGUUCUCAACCAUUCUCCGGGCCUGGGCUUCUUCCUUGACAGAAGCCAAACCUGGGGAUUUCACUACGUGAAAAGCAAAGGACCCGCAGGAGGGCCAAAAUGCACCUGCCCUCUGGGCCCUGCAGGUGGCCGGUGGCGGCUACACCUGCUGUGUGCGGGUGCUCUCCAGCAUACCCGGUGCUUGUGGUACUCCUGCAAGGGGUUUGGCUGUGGCCACUGAACAAGCCGGGGUCCCGGUGCCAGCCUCCCUCCCUCCCGGGACGCCAUCUGCCUAGCAGGCGUCUGGGCCCACGCAGCAGGGGCACGGGGAAAUUCAGCGCCAGCGUUACUAACCACGAUGAAGUGGGAGCUCCAAGGUUAAACCCACGAAACUAAAACAUCCGUUCACAUAGAGACUGGACACCCACGUCCACGGCACUGCUCACAAAAGCCAAAAGCAGGAAGCAGACCAGACGUCCUGGACCAAAGGGGACCUGUCCAUCAGAUGGGGUGUCACUCAACCCUCGCAGGCUCUGCUUUUUAGCCGGGAGACAUAAAGCAAGCUCCCGUCUGCUGGGUCACUCCCCAGAUGCCCAGGGCUAAGCCAGGCGCUCUGGCCACUAAAUGCAGGUCUCCCGGGUAGGUGGCCAUCACCACUGCCUCCCAAGGGAGCUGGAGCCAGGGCUGCAACGCCAGAGCUCCCGAUGCGGGACGCGGGGGCUUUAAUCAGUUGAGCUGCCAGCCCCACUGCUCACCACUGCUGAGCUCUGAGGAGGGAAAUUCUGACACCCAGGGCGAGGGGCCCCUCGGAAGUCACACUGACUGAAGGCAGUCAGACACAAACGGCCACGUGCGGGAGCCCCCUUCAGUCUGGGAAGUGCACAGUAGGCAAACCUAGAGACAGAAGCAGGUCCCACGGGCUGGGCGUGGCAGCUGACAGGGAGUUUGAUUUGGGGGUUGCAAAACUUGUGGGGGCCGGCACUGUGGUGUAACCGUUAAAGCUGCCGCCUGCAGUGCCGGCAUCCCAUAUGGGCGCCAGUUCCAGUCUCAGCUGCUCCACUUUCAGUCCAGCUCUGCUGUGGCCUGGGAAAGCAGUGCAAGAUGGCCCAAGUGCUUGGGCCCCUGCACCCACAUGGGAGACCUGGAGGAAGCUCCUGGCUUCGGGUCAGCUCAGCUCUGGCCAUUUUGGCCAUCUGGGGAGUGAACCAGCUGAUGGAAGACCUCUCUCUCUCUCUCUCUCUGCCUCUCUGUAGCUCUGCCUUUCAAAUAAAUAAAUAAAUUUUUUU